GUUGUCCCUCCGGCGACAUGGCCUGUGAAAGGUAAUAUAAAUUUCACCUAGCAACCCCUCGCGAUGGCAACCGAUGGCAGACAGACUACUGCACAUGGAUACGACAGACAGGAUAGCCUUGCUUGGAACAGAAACAGUACGAACCGUGACACUUUGCCGAUGACGAAGAUUCCGUUCACCAGCACACAGGAGGGGCGCGGGCAAGUGUAAAAUAUUAUCCUAAGGUCAUUUGCGUUGCGUGAAAUACAGUCUCGAUGACACAUAUGGGGUCUCUCUUGGCGGUGCCGCCAGACAUCGGCUACAACAUGGGAAUUGGCGCAGUUAUAAACAACUGGAAAGAUCCUUGUCACAGCACGUUUCACUUCGAUUCGAGGACUUACGCAAACCACGUUGCGCAAAUGCUUAUAUAGUUUACCGAACAUUCCGGAACAUUCGAGAAAGUUCCCGAAAACUUCUACAAAUAAUCGAUGUAACGGCAAUUGUUUUCAAAUUUUGGAAUUAUUUACAAAAAAAGCCGCGAUGAAUUAGCACUAAAAGAUAUGGCCGUAUAAGCCACAUCAUAUUUUUAUCGAGCCAUUUUGCAUAACAAACCGGACAGAAUUAAUGCAAGAUCAAAACCGCAAAAGGCUAAAUUGAGCAACAAGUUGAUGUAGAAAAGAAUCACCGAGUCACCUGCUGCCUCCUGAAUUUCGUUUCCAUGCGGUCACAGCAUCCCUUAGUUUAAUGCAUUACGUGUUUGUACAAAGUGGCAAAAAGAAGAAAGAGAAAUCAUGGGGCUAGCAGAGGACGAGGUCGCUGAAGUGCAGAGACUUUGCGAAAAUGUGUUGCCGAAAUCGAAGCUGAUCACUUGUCUCUCUUCGCUGAUCCGUGUUGAUCUUCAUCACACGAAAAGCCGGCAGCUAACGAUUUGUAUUCGGUUCCCGCAGCACUAUCCCUCAGAGAAGCUUCUAUUAGAAUUCAAAAGCAAAACCAUGCCAGACGUAUUUCUUGAGCGGUUUCUUACCAUCUGCGACUCGAAGCUCACGGAGUUUACCGGGCGGCCACAGGUGAUGAAUAUACUUAAAUUCAUCGACGGAUACCUGUCGGAGAAUCCUCUGUGCAUUGUACUGGACGAGAUUCAAAACCUUCGCCAGAUGUUACCGAAUGCCAACGAUUUGAAACUGAAACAAAAGACAUCAACGGUUAGCGUGGCGGCCCGUGGUGGCCAGUAUUUCUUCACUGGCAAAUUCACUGUUCCCGAAAGCUAUCCCGCGGAACGAGUCCAAUGGGAAACCUUCGAAUGCAACCUACCGGCACCGCUGGUGCUCUUCGUUAAUGGGCAGGCAAAGGAAAUCGCUCGGCAAUGCGUGGAAGCCCCUCUUCGAAAGCUAAAAGCCAACGAAACAUUUCACGUUAAGCAAAGCCUCCAGCGAACGCUUGGCUUUAUCAUAGCGGCAUUGCAGGAUUUUCCGAACGAAAAGUGCCCCAUCUGCUUAACCUGCUGCUUGCCGGCUUGUCCAACGCAGAUUAUCACACAGGACGACAGUGACUCGUUUGUGGUGCGCAUGUUCUGUGGCCACAUUUACCACCAGGGUUGCCUGAAGCGCUACAUGAGCGAACCACCGUUUCCCGAGGGAGGCAAACUGUGUCCAGCGCCAAAGAAACAUCCACGCAGCGAUCGACGUGCGAACGAUCUGCAGUACUAUGAGCAACUCAAAACGCAACAAGCGGAGGUAGUCUGCGGCCAGCGAGUAACGCAUGAUAGGUGGGGCUUGAAUAAUGUAAAGUCCGCGGAGGCUAAAUGGGCACACCAGCAGGCUAGAAUAAGGGAACUGGAAGAAGUGAUUGAUUUCUUGCAGUAGACAUUUGCUAAUAAAUUUUUCGCAAACUUUGUUUGAGUUUGCUCCACUCAUUCAUGAAAAAGUCAGAAAAUUGAAUGCAUUGUAAUAAAUGUAAUGGUUUGUGCCGUUUUCGCAAACAGUUCUUGUAAAAGUAUGCUCUCCAUUAUUUCUUAGAUCCAAGUAAUACGUCAGCAUGAUCCUUUUUGCAGAAGAAGUGUCUUAUAUAGUUUUCGUGAAACCACUCGCAUGAAAAAUGUCUUCUAAUCUAUGUUUUCAAAUCAGUCACACUCAAAAACUUCUUUAAACCCAUUUAUUGAAACAUUAAUAGCUAUAGUUAGCAGAAGAAAGGCUAGUGCUGGAGAACCAAUCGAAAAAGGAGAAAAAAACAGUAUAAGAAAUAAAAAUACCAGCAAAUACUAUUUGGGAUUAAAUUUGCGACAUAUGGUCUUAGUAGCCGGUCUCUAAAAUAGCAGACGGCUAUAUCCUCAGAGCAGAUGGCUAGCGAAGGCCCAGGAUGCUGGAUUAAAUAUUCGUUCCGGGGUAAAUCCUCAAUGAAG